AUGCUCUCCUCGGUUGUUCAUAAGGGAGGUAAGAGGCUCCUUCCCAACACGGUGGCCGCCUCUAGAGGGCUCUUCGCUGCUUCUGCGCCUCGCUUCACAUGGACUGAGAUUUGGUGGGAGCAUGACCCGACCCCCAAGGUGGCCCAGUAUAGACCUUAUGUAUGCACUGUGGAGUCUGGCAAGGUCUAUUGGUGGUGCGCCUGUGGUGAGUCCAAGACACAGCCAUGGGUUGAUGGUCAUUGUAAAUGCUCAAAGAGGGAAGGGGGUUUCCGUCCCCGUCGUUGGGAGCCCGAGCACGAUGGUGUUCGCCUUUUCUGCGGCUGCAAGUCCUGCUUCAGCUCCCCCACUUGGAACGGUGGUUGCUUCACCAAAUGGAUGCAGUCGAACCCCGCUGGUGGUAUGCUCUACUGCUUCGCGGCUGCCUUUGGUUUCGGCACGCUGACGGUACUUCCUGAUGACGACGACAAAGCAGCCUCGUCAGCUCUAAUAGACCUAGUCGUUCGCCCUGGCGCCGAAUACGAUACUCCAGAGUCUGGCAUUCCUCUAGGGCUGUACGAAACUGGAAUUGACGGUGUGUUGGCAGUCGAGCACGACCGGAAGACCAUCAAAGUGGCGACGACCAUCGAACAGGAUGGGCCCCACUGGAUCUGUAUUGGUCUGUCGAGGAAUGGCCGAUGGACUCCUACUGAGGUCUCGCUAGCUCUGAGGUACGGUGGUGAUGCUGCUGACUUUACUCAGCUGGCUAGAAGAGAUCAUUUAGAUGAUACUCAAGUACAACUGUACCGCGUACAGGUUAUCUUGAGAGAGUACCAUAAGACGUUAUUCUAUAUGAGGGAGAGGGAUGAACGGAUGCGGCAAACCACAGAGAGCACGUCAUCGAGGUUGGUGGCAUUCUGCUUGCUGAAUGCUGGUGUCGUUAUCACUGUGGCGGGACUGCAAAUACUCUAUUACAGGCGCUAUUUCACUCGUAAGAAGAUGAUCUGA